CCAAGGCCCCGGAUGGCGCAAAGACCACUGGGAAUUGUAGUUAUUUAGCGCGUUCUUUAGCCCUUCCAGGAACUGACGCACCACCCAUUUCCUCUUCCGGCGUGGCGCCUGUCUUGCCGCUUCUGCGUGCCUUCGGAGCACUGCUGGUUCCAGCCGCGCGCGCCUCAGCCCUUAAGCGCCGUCGCCAUGUCGCGGUUUUUCACCACCGGCUCGGACAGUGAGUCCGAGUCAUCCUUGUCCGGGGAGGAGUUGGACACCAAGCCCGUCUCGGGGAACUACGGCAGACGGCCUUUGUUACUGAGUGAAGAUGAGGAGGAUACAAAGAGAGUUGUCCGAAGUGCAAAGGACAAGAGGUUUGAGGAGCUGACCAACCUUAUACGAACCAUCCGUAAUGCCAUGAAGAUUCGAGAUGUCACCAAGUGUCUAGAAGAGUUUGAGCUCCUGGGAAAAGCAUAUGGGAAAGCCAAGAGUAUUGUGGAUAAGGAGGGUGUCCCCCGAUUCUAUAUCCGAAUCCUGGCUGACCUGGAGGACUAUCUUAAUGAGCUGUGGGAAGAUAAGGAAGGGAAAAAGAAGAUGAACAAGAACAAUGCCAAGGCUCUGAGUACCUUGCGCCAAAAGAUCCGAAAAUACAACCGAGAUUUUGAGUCACAUAUCACAAACUACAAACAGAACCCUGAGCAGUCUGCAGAUGAAGAUGCAGAGAAAAAUGAAGAAGAUUCAGAAGGCUCUUCAGACGAAGAUGAAGAUGAUGAUGGAGUCAGUGCUGCAGCUUUCUUGAAGAAGAAACCAGAAUCUUCUGGGGACAGCCGAAAGUUCUUAAAAAAGAUGGACGUAAGAUCCAGGGAUGAUGAUGAGGACUCCGAAGAUUCUGAAGAUGAUGAAGAAUGGGACACCAGUUCUACAUCUUCUGACUCAGACUCAGAGGAAGAAGAAGGAAAGCAAACUGUUCUGGCCUCAAAGUUCCUUAAAAAAGCACCCACUACAGAGGAGGACAAAAAAGCAGCUGAGAAGAAACGGGAAGACAAAGCCAAGAAGAAGCAUGAUAGGAAAUCUAAGCGCCUGGAUGAGGAAGAGGAGGACAAUGAAGGCGGGGAGUGGGAAAGGGUCCGUGGUGGCGUACCACUUGUUAAGGAGAAGCCAAAAAUGUUUGCUAAGGGUACUGAGAUUACUCAUGCUGUUGUCAUCAAGAAGCUGAAUGAGAUUCUGCAGGCCAGAGGCAAGAAGGGAACAGACCGUGCCACCCAGAUUGAAUUGCUACAGCUGCUGGUUCAGAUUGCUUCUGAAAACAACCUGGGGGAAGGUGUCAUUGUCAAAAUCAAGUUCAAUAUCAUUGCCUCUCUCUACGACUACAACCCUAACCUGGCCACAUACAUGAAGCCAGAGAUGUGGCAGAUGUGCCUAGAUUGCAUCAAUGAACUGAUGGAUAUCUUGGUUGCACAUUCCAACAUCUUUGUUGGAGAGAACAUUUUGGAAGAGAGUGAGAACUUACACAAUUUUGAUCAGCCACUGCGUGUACGCGGCUGCAUCCUAACUCUGGUGGAACGAAUGGAUGAAGAAUUUACCAAAAUAAUGCAAAAUACUGAUCCUCACUCCCAAGAGUACGUGGAGCACCUGAAAGAUGAAGCACAAGUAUGUGCCAUCAUUGAACGUGUGCAGCGCUACCUGGAGGAGAAAGGUACCACUGAGGAAAUCUGCCAAAUCUACUUGAGGCGCAUCCUGCACACUUACUACAAGUUCGACUACAAGGCCCAUCAGCGUCAGCUUACUCCUCCUGAAGGGUCCUCAAAGUCUGAGCAAGACCAAGCAGAAAAUGAGGGUGAGGACUCAGCUGUGUUGAUGGAAAGACUCUGCAAAUACAUCUAUGCCAAGGACCGUACAGACCGGAUCCGUACCUGUGCCAUCCUCUGCCAUAUCUACCAUCAUGCUCUCCACUCACGCUGGUAUCAGGCCCGUGACCUCAUGCUCAUGAGCCACCUACAAGACAACAUUCAGCAUGCGGAUCCACCAGUACAGAUCCUGUAUAACCGUACCAUGGUGCAGCUGGGCAUCUGUGCCUUCCGCCAAGGCCUGACAAAGGAUGCACACAAUGCCCUUCUGGAUAUCCAGUCAAGUGGUCGUGCCAAGGAACUUCUGGGCCAGGGUCUGCUGCUGCGCAGUCUACAGGAGCGCAACCAGGAACAGGAGAAGGUAGAGCGACGCCGACAGGUGCCCUUUCAUCUGCACAUCAACCUGGAACUUCUGGAGUGUGUUUAUCUGGUGUCUGCCAUGCUCCUGGAGAUCCCCUACAUGGCUGCCCAUGAGAGUGAUGCCCGACGACGCAUGAUCAGCAAGCAGUUCCAUCACCAACUGCGGGUAGGCGAGCGGCAGCCCCUGCUAG